UUUUUUCCCCCGCCCCCCCCCUCGGUCGCCGGCGAUGCCUACGCCGGUCGGCGCGGCCAGGCAAUGCUUGACCCCCGAGGCGGCCCACGCGCUGGACGAGGCCGUGGGCGUCGCGCGCCGCCGCGGCCACGCGCAGACGACGUCGCUCCACGCCGUGUCGGCCCUCCUCGCCCUCCCGUCGUCGGCGCUGCGGGAGGCCUGCGCCCGCGCCCGCAACUCCGCCUACUCCCCGCGCCUCCAGUUCAAGGCCCUGGAGCUCUGCCUCAGCGUGUCGCUCGACCGGGUGCCGUCCGGCCAGCCCAGCGACGACCCGCCCGUGUCGAACUCGCUCAUGGCCGCCAUUAAGCGGUCCCAGGCCAACCAGCGCCGCCAGCCCGAGAACUUCCACCUCUACCACCAGCUCUCGAACCAGUCCUCCAUGAACGCCGUCAAGGUCGAGCUCCAGCACCUGAUGCUCUCGAUCCUCGACGACCCGGUCGUGAGCCGGGUCUUCGGGGAGGCGGGUUUCCGGAGCUCCGAGAUAAAGCUGGCCAUCGUCCGCCCCUUGCCUCACCUCUUCAGGUACCCUCGAUCCAGGGCCCCGCCGCCUCUGUUCCUGUGUAACCUGAGCGAGAGUUCGGGCCCCGGCUCCGCUUCGGGCCGACCCGGGUUCAACUUCCCGUUCUCGGUGUUCCCCGGGUUCUCGGACGGGGACGAGAAUGUCCGGAGGAUUGGGGAGGUCAUGGUGAGUAGCAAGGGAAGGAAUCCCCUGCUCGUGGGCGUGUGCGCUUACGACGCGCUCAGGAGCUUCGUGGAGAGUCUCGAUAAGAGGAAAGAUGGGUCGUCUCUGCCUAAGGAGAUUUCUGGGCUGAGCAUGGUUGACAUCGAGAAUGAUGUUCCCAAGUUCGUGGGAGAAUGUUUCGAUAAAGGGUGUGUGGAUGUGAGGUUCGAGGAGGUGGGUGGUGUGAUAAGGCAGCGUCUGGGGAGCGGUGUGGUGGUGAGUUUUGGUGAUUUAAGGACAUUGACUGGGGAUGGGGCGUGCGGCGAAGCCGUGAGCUACGUCGUGGAAAGGUUGACGAGGUUGUUGGAGGUGAACAAGGGGAAGGUCUGGUUGAUCGGGGCGGCAGCAACCUACGACACAUACUUGAAGUUCUUGAGUAAGUUCCCAGCUGCUGAGAAGGAAUGGGAUUUGCAGAUUCUGCCGAUCACGACGCUGCGGCCGUCGGUGCCUGAAUCUUGCCCAAGGUCAAGCUUGAUGGAAUCAUUUGUUCCUUUUGGGGGAUUCUUCUCGACAUCCUCAGACAUCAAUAGUCCUGUGAUGAGCAUGUCAUACCAGUAUGGAACGCCCUGUCAUCUAUACGACGACAAGUGUGAACAAGACAAUGUAGCUGCUAGAAAAGCAGGAUGUGCUGCUUCGGUGGCAGAUCGGUAUCAGAAUAGUCUGCCUUCAUGGUUGCAGAUGACUGAGCUUGGCAUAAAGGGAACUGACGUGAAGGGGAAGGAUGAUGGCCCCGUGCGGAGCUCAGUGGAUGCUGAAUUGCAAAACGAAUCAGAUGAAAGUUCCCGGCAUUCUCCUAAAAAUCAACCGCUUCAAAAUGUCUAUCGGGUGGGUUCUGAAGUUCAAAGUGUCGUGGGUUUCCAGUCUGCUGAGGAGAGAAGGGAGACCACUGAUAAUCAAAGCCUCAAAUUGAAAACAGAUUCAUGUCCACGAGAGACCGGAUGCAAGAGUGUCAGUUCAUGCAUGUCCACGGAAUCCCGUAAGAUGAUGACUUCACAUUACGGCAUCCACCUUCCUCCAGUUCCCAAGACUAAUAAGGAGAGUUUCCUGUCCAAGUUGUGGGAGAACCCUUCAAUAGUGGAAGGUAAGGGGGACUCGGGUGUUGCUGCGUCCCCCAAAUUCAGUGGGUCCAACUCAGUCGUCGAUGAUGAAAUCCGAACAUCUCCUGCUUCUGUGACUUCUGUGGCGAUGAGUUUAGGCUUGGGAAUUUGCUCUCCCCCGGAUGAUAAGGAAUCGAAGCAGCAUGCACACCCCAGUCACUGUACAAUACCGACUAGCGGUGAUCUAUUCAGAGGAAGCACUUGCAAAACUUUAGCGGAAUCUUCGUCCAGCUCUUAUCCUGACACCUGCUAUCCACUUCAUCAGAGAGAUUUCAAGGCGCUUUCUGGAGCUCUCAUGCAGAAGAUUGGAAGGCAAGUCGAGGCGAUAAAUGUCAUCAGCGAAAAAAUUCCUCUAUGCCAAUCAAGAAACAAUGAUCGGUCGAGAGCCAGUUCUAGAGGGGACAUGUGGUUCACUUUUCUUGGUCUUGAUAAAAUUGCUAAGAGGAGAACUGCCGUUGCUCUCUCUGAGGUACUAUAUGGAAGCAAGGAACAUCUCAUCUUUGUGGACCUAAAUGCUCAACACGAAAAUGGCUACGUGGACAGAAUCUUAAAUCAAGAAAUGAAUCAGUAUGAUGUGAAAUACCGUGGAAAAACUGUUGUUGAUAUCAUUGCUGGGGAGAUGAGGAGGAAACCCUGGUCUGUUGUCUUGCUUGAAAAUGUGGACAAGGCUGAUGAACAGGUUCAGAGUAGCUUGUCCCAGGCCCGUUGGACGGGUAAAUUUUCAGACUCACACGGAAGAGAAAUCAGUAUAAAAAAUGCAGUGUUUUUGGCAACUUCAACUUUCACUAAGGUCAACGGAGUUCUACAUUCUGGGGAAGAAUCUGCUAAAUCUGUGGAAGAGAGAGUACUGGGAGCUAAGGGCUGUCGAAUGAAGAUAUUGGUUGAGGAUGCUCUUGGAGACGACGCGAUUGAUAAUCACCUUCUUGUGUCAAAUACAUCAGGAAUAAGCAGCACCAACCAUCUACAAGUGAACAAAAGAAAGCUCGCUGGUUCAAAUGGAAAUGUAGUAUUGCGCGAGAAUUUACAGGUGGUCAAGCGAGCUAACAAGACAUCAAGUAGACAUCUCGAUUUGAAUCUCCCAGCAGAAGGCAAUGAAGUGGUAGACGCCGAUGAUAAAAGCACCGACGUUGAUGUGAUGAAUGAUAACUCCAAAGCGUGGUUGCUAGAUUUCAUGGACCAGAUGGACGGGACGGUGGUCUUUAAACCGUACGACUUCGAUUCUCUUGCUCAGAAAGUACUCAAAGAGAUCAAAGAGAGCUUCUGCAAGGCUGUGAGCUCCGAAUGCCGGAUGGAAAUCGACUCGAAAGUCAUGGAUCAAUUAAUGUCGGCCACUUACUUAUCAGAGAGCGAAAGAACGGCGGUGGAUUGGGUGAAGCAAACCCUGAGCAGGGAUUUUGCAGAAGUCCAGAGGCGGCACAAGCUCACCUCUCGUUCCAUCGUGAAACUUGUAGUCUGCGACGACUUUUUGUCGGAAGAGCAAGAGACCCAAACCGGGCUUCCCUCGAAACUCAUCAUCGACUGAGGCGAUAGAUUAGCGCAUUCUCUUUUGAAUUAGACUGAUGUCAGUAGCGUAUAACGUACAUAGUGCAAUAGGGGGGGGGAAGCUUUGUUUGGCCUGUUCAAUCCCAUAGUUUUAGGAGGAGGAGGGGUCCUUUUUCAGGUUAUGGUUUUUGUGUAUUUGUGAUGUAUAAUCUGCCGUCAAAGGGGCUUGUGUAUGGUUCUGCUUACUCAAAUCAGUUGGUCUUAGUCUGUAUCA